AUGGCAUACGCCAUUAACGGCGUUUCCGCCCUUUCCAAGGGUCACGACCUCUCGUCUGCUGGUUACAUGGAAACCGACCAAGGCGCUACUUGGCUCACGGAGUCGGGCUCGACUAGCACCAUUGAAGAGAUUCUCGGUGCUGGUGGCAUGGACAGCGUUAGACUGAGGCUCUGGACCGGCGAACAGUACGGCCUCGACUACACUCUACAACUGGCUCAGCGUUUCUCCAAGGCCGGCUACAAGAUCUACUUAGACCUGCACCUAUCCGACACCUGGGCCGAUCCUUCCAACCAGGCCACUCCCUCGUCCUUCGACACGUCCGACCUGGCCGGCUCGGUGCGCAGCUACGUCAAGUCGACGCUCCAGUCCUUCGCCGACGGCGGCGUUGACCUGGACAUCCUAUCCAUCGGCAACGAGAUCAUCCAGGGCAUGCUGUUCCCGGACGGCCAGAUCUCCAACAACGACUUCUCAGGCUUCGCGGCGCUGUGGGCGGCGGCGCGUGCGGGCGUCGACGACGCCGUGUCGGCUGGCGCCACGAAGCCGCAGGUCAUGAUCCACCUGAACAACGGGUGGGACUCGGAGACGAUGACGUGGUGGUUCAAGGGCCUGUUCGACGAGGGCACCGUGACGACCGACAUGGUCGACGUGCUCGGCUUCUCCUUUUACCCUUUCUUCGACACGGCCGCCACCACCGACGCCCUGCAGAGCAGCCUCAACACCCUCGCCUCCACCUACAACAAGCCCCUCUACGUCGCCGAGACCGACUGGCCCACCAGCUGCUCCGGCGUCGACCUCUCCGCCGACUUCUCCGUCGACGCCCAGGGCCAGACUGACUGGGUCGGCGCUGUCAUCGACGUGCUGAACAACGUCCCUGACGGCCUUGGUGCCGGCAUUUUCUACUGGGAGCCGGCCUUCAUCAACAACACUGCUCUCGGCAGCGACUGCGAUGAUAACAUUCUGUUUGACGUCAACUGGGACAACUGGCCGGAGACCUCCGCCACCGCGAGGUCGUCGGUCAACAUGUACAACUAA